AUGCAAAGCAUACCUCCUUGUUCGAGCCCAUCCGCUAGCGCCGACCUUCAUGUCACAACAGAGAGAAAUAACUUGGCGUCUAUCCGCAAGUCACAGCCUACACACCUUCAUAAUGUUGACAUAUAUAUAUGGGAAAUUUCUUACCAGUCAGCUAUUGUUACUCCGAAAGACAUUCCAACGCCUGUUGUUACGCCUGCACCUUCUCCAUCUACCCCAGACUCUGGAUCCUCGUCGCAACCUCAAGAUCCUCGUCAAUCACCCAUCGAAGACACAGACCAGCAUCACUCUAUCUCACCAACAACUUCUGUAGCCAUUGACACUGAGCUCUCACUUUCAUCCCCAGGGGAGGCUCUACCAGCUCAUAAUCGGGGUAAUAGCAGGCGGGCUUUGUGCCCAGAGUGUCGCGCCUACGCCAGCAAACGCUCGUUCAAUAUGAAGCGACAUCGAAAAGCCUGCCACAAGAAGGCUACAAACGGUCGCCCAAAAGCCACUGAGACAUCAAGGUUGGGAGUGUCUGGCGCGACGCCGUUCUGA